AUAACAUUUAACAGUGUAGGGAACCGACUGGCCUUGCAAGAGGUGGGGAGUUUGUAGUUAUGUUAAAAUGUGAGAUUACGGACUACAAGUGUUCAAACAGUGACAGGCCACCGUGAUACAACUUGUAGACACUCCGAGUGCCCACUUGUAAUGAGAUAUGGAAUGACAGCAACGCAAGAAGCAGGCGGGACAGGACCAUGGGUUGUGUUCAGCCCGACGACAGUCGCCUAUUCACUUGGUGCCUUUGGAUAUGCUAAAAUAUUGUCUCCGAUGUAGGCCUCGAGUGAUUUUGGCAGGCAUAAUGCUGUGUGUUUUAUUGAUGUUAAGUGUGUACAAUCUGGCAGUCAUAGGAGCCGUGCCUCUAACUGGCAACGAUUACGUCAUAGCGGUCAGGAAUUCCCUAUCGAAUGUCCAUGCGCCGGAAAAAGUCAUUCGUCAUAACAGAAUGCUUCAAGAUGCAAAUUAUAAAGAUUUUAGUGUGUCGCCGGACUCUGGACAUUUCGCCGGGGGUCAUCUGGAUAAUAACAAGCAUCCCCCGGGGGAAUUAAGUGACAGCAACAUCUACGUGGAUGAUGAUGAUGGGACUGUUGGGGGUGUCCCCCCUGGAGUUACCCCCCUGAGUUCUGGUUUCAAGGAGGGUUACAGGACUAACCCCACCCUAGUAUCAAACGCUACAAAGAAGCUCCCUGAUGCUAUUAUUAUUGGAGUAAAGAAAGGAGGAACGCGGGCGUUACUGGAGUUCCUCAGGAUUCACCCCCGAAUUCGGGCAACUGGGCCGGAGCCACACUUUUUUGAUAGAAACUACAAUGAGGGUUUGGCCUGGUACAGGGAGCAGAUGCCGUUGACGACGCCAGGACAGCUUACCGUCGAGAAGACCCCAAGCUACUUCGUCACCCGCGAUGUCCCCAAGAAGGUCUACAAUAUGUCGAGGAACGUCAAACUCAUCGUUGUGGUCAGGGACCCGGUGGUCAGAGCAAUCUCGGACUACACCCAGGCAGCCAGUAAAAGACCGGGCAUGAAACCCUUUGAACAAAUGGCCCUUCUGGACAACAGGACCGGCCUUGUGAACUCGUCUUGGGGUGCAGUGAGGAUUGGAGUGUACCCCAAACACCUUGACCGGUGGCUCAAACACUUCCCACUCCGUCAGUUCCACUUUGUGAGCGGGGAGAGACUAAUAGUGGACCCGGCUGGCGAAAUGGCCAAAGUUCAGGACUUUCUUGGUCUGGAACGGGUUAUAACGGACAAACACUUUUACCUGAAUCAGACUCGUGGAUUUCCGUGUCUGAAGAAACCAGGAGGUAGUGGCAAACCUCAUUGCUUGGGGAAAACAAAGGGCCGUCAGCACCCUUCAGUGGACCCUCACGUGUUACAAAGACUACGAGACUUCUAUAAACCUUUCAACUUAAAGUUUUACCAAAUGGUUGGCCAGAACUUUAGGUGGCCUACAUGAUAUCGGUGCUCAAAGUCACGUUUUGAUAAAAUGAGAUUGAAAUAAUUUAUUAUAUGUGUGUUACAAGAUUCUUGCCUUUCUACUGGGUCCCACUGUUCUACCUCAUGGCGCUAACUAACUGACCGCUGACCCGAGCCCGGGAUUGAAGAAGAACCAACGUCGGCGAUGAUAUGUCAUCGUUGCACAGAAACUGUGAUGUUCAUGACGCCGAUACCUGUUCAUCAGAUCUGUGUAAAAGCAAGUACAGUGACCAUGGUAGUCCUAACCAUGGCUCAAGUAUGUUCCGGAAGGGCCGGUCUUUGGACUGGACAACCGGACGUCUGGACGUUAACAUUAAUUUAAUUGGUAACGUUUAUUUCAACCCUUUGUGUUGUAACAAAAGGUCUCUGACAUCUUAAACGGCCACACACAUGGAAACCACGUUAGUCAAGAUAACUGUUAAUCUGCAAACCCUGUUAAUCCAGAAGUUCAGCAAGUGCUGUUGGUACAUCUGUACAGAUUCCAAGAAACAUUACACAAUACAAAUGACUCUUUAACCAGGACAUUUGUUAAUCUGGACGAUUUCAGUGGGGAUCUGGAUUAACGGGUUUUGUUAAGUAUUUGUUGAUUUCAAGCGCUUUUAUACACCCAGUUAAUAUUAUGUUGAAAACAAAGGUAAAAAGCUUUUGCAAUUUUUAACGGACCUGAAACAAAGUAUUACAGAGGUAUUGUAGCACGUUGCACACGAUCUCUGUGUAUAGUUUCGUAUAGCCAUUGUGAUGUCCCUUGCUGUCGUUGGUCAAACAAUGUCUGCAGGAAUAUUUCUGCCAUGGUUUCUUGCCAGAUGUCCGACGAGAAGUCUUAUUUUUAUAAAUCUCGUCCUGUAUUAUUUUCAAGCCUGACAGAUUUUUCAAUUGCCAGUAACAGAAUGUGCUUAUUUUUCUACACGAGUCUGUACGCCACAGCUCGCCACUGUGUAGUUGUAUGUGGGACACUCUGAUGUGAUAGGAUUUGAAUGAGUUACACACAAACCACCCAUGGCAAUAUACUCUUGACAGAGCGGCUAAGGAUGAUCGGACUCGCUGCCACUGCGCAUGCGUCCGUUCUUACAAUCAGUCUGUUACUUGUUCCGGUUGAAAGUUAAGCUUAACCUUGACUUGAUCCAUACGCUCUGGAAGCUAAGGAGGGAAUGGCGGGAAACGGAAACACUUAGUCAUCAGAAUAAGAAUUCAGAUUUGAUAGAGGUGGGAUGACUGUAGAUCGGAAAUGAACUUCUGCCAGACUACCCCCAUGCUCCCUGGUCAUUGCGAUGAGGCGUCGUUACCCUGAAAUCGUUGUCGUUUAAUUGUUAAAUACGGGCCUAAUCAAAAUUUAAACCUUAUUCAGGGCGUGGGCAUCUGCAAUAAACAUGAUUGGCUGCCACAGGUUUGGACGUAUGUAAAGGCAAGAUGAUAUUGACAACUGCACAUAGAUAUGUACACUGACUCGCGUGUGAUAUUGCCUUGUAUGAAUGAGAGAGUGUACAACCGACAUUGUAUUCUAUAGAUUGACAUUACUAUGUAAUGUCACAUGACUAUUAUCAUAAAAAUAUCAGUAUACGCCUUUUAGUUACAGAUUGGGGGACUUCUUCACUCUUUCUAAAAAUGAAACCAAUGCAUAUUUGAAUUGCUUUAAAUCUCAAUGAUAUUUAAAAAAGUAUUAAAAAAUUAAAUCAAAUUAUUGUUAAAUGACAGUACCGUUUACAAUAUUGCUGUUUGUCGUUGCGAUAAAAUAAUGGAUUUUAGUCGUGACAUUGUUCUAAGGUAUUGUUAUGUUCAUUGCAACGAGGACUGUUGUUAGUUAUGUGAACGCUUUGAGCAAUUCGCAUAUUUGUUGUAUAUUUCUUACAAUGCAUUAAGUGCUACUGUGUCCUCAGACACUGUAUAUCCUAAAUUAUUCCUGUUUAAAACAGUGUCGGGGUCAAGGUCAGGUAUGUGUAUGUCCUUGACCUCAGGUAGAACUCCGGACUCAAUUCGACAAUGCAUCUUGAAGAAUAUUGCGUUUGUAAUGUGAUACGUUAUUAGACUUCUGUUAUUAUGUUUUGUAAGCAGUGCGAUUUAAUUUUUUUUGUUGCUACAACGAUUGAUUGCCUUCUGAUGUAUAGCAUAAUACCACUAAUUAUGAAUUAUCCUCUCUUGAAACGCCAUCGACAGUAUAUAUCAAUGUGUCCGAAGAUGUUGGUCAAUGGGCACUGAUUGUCGUCCAGAUCACUCUCGGUUGCGCAAGUAUACCUCACGUUCCCAAUUAUGUUCAAGUACUUAUGGAAUCCAUUUCCUCGUUUGUCCAUGAAAACAGGGUCAAUAUUCUAUUCAUGCGCUAUUCAUAUCUAUUCGCACCAGUAACUAAUGCUAAUCAUUAUACCCAGGCGAUGUUGCCAGAGGGGCUACGUUGUUUUGCCAAAUAUGAAUCUACCGAUCUGAUACGCAUGUAGCAUAUGAAAUCCAUGUAAAACUGUGAAUAUUAGAUUUUUUUAAACCGCAGGAAAGUCCACUUAUAGUACUGUUAUCAUCCUGUACAUAUCACAAUCUCUCGCGAGAUCACGUAGAACCGGAAGUCGAUAGCAGAUUCGCUUGGAGAAAGGGCAUCGUGCUGAGUGAUACAAAUGUGUGACGAUAAUUACAAAUAUUGUCUGGAAAUAUUAUAUAAUGUUAGAACCAGGGGGAGAAAAUUCUACUAAUUUCUCAGAGUCAGUUCCGGGUAAACUGAACAUUGGUUAUACCGAAUCUCAAUGUAAACCCUUAAUGGUAAAUGUUAAAGUUAUGCCCAAGUUCGGUAUACACGGACUUGCCAGUGCCCCGAUCCGAGUGACGUCUAUAUCGACUUCUGAAUGUAUGAAUGAUGUAUGAUCCUCUAUGGAUCCUUGGACCAUUUGCAUGGAGAUGUUGUUGUUGAAACAGUGCAAAUAAACAUAUUUUAAGAUA